AUGUGCCUUCUCCCUCAAUCUUCUGCUCCCAUUUCUUACAAUUUAGCGGUGCAACAAGUCAGCUCCACCAUUAUAAUUUGUCGCAGAGCUCAACGAGUGCCGCAACCUUGGCCAUCAAAGUCGGAGAAAUCAUAUUUGAAUGAAGCUGCUGUCGUUGUCAUCUCUUCGGCGCCAACUAGUUGUCUUUCAGCGCUGCUGUCAUUUGGUUGUAAAAGGAGGGAAGAGGAAGAAGAAGAAGGAGAAGAACAAGGGAAACGAAAACUCCAUUAUGAAAAAGUCGCAUUUACCCUUCCUAUUCUCCUCACAUGA